CAGAGAGAUUAUCGCUGCCAUGACUCUGGGCUGUCCUGUAUAUCUUCUACUUGCUGGAAUAUUCGUUGUAGUUCAGGCAUGGAGGAGCGGAAACUUCUAAGUUCAGGCGCAGUCCGUGGAGCGGAGCGGAGUGACUCGGUUUGGGGGGACUUUGGAGACUUUACGCAUGCUCCUCAUCAGCUGCGGGCGGGGAGACUUUAAAGUUGGACGCUUUUAAUUUAUAGUAGUGACGGAGGUGAAAUGAUAUUCUGUAGUGAACUCUUGAUAUUUUUUGGAACAUCUCAAGUGGUCUCACAACAGAUAACCAAGAACAGGACAAACUCACUCCGUGACACGCUGUGACGCGACCAUUCCCACUGUAACAAAUGGCAGAUGGAUAUGAGCAGGCCAGCUCAUCAGAAUUUAUUAAGGACCGCCUGUACUUUGCCACUCUGCGGGUCAAACCUAAGAAUACAGCCAACACACACUUCUUCAGCACGGAUGAGGAGUUCAUAUAUGAAAGUUUUUAUGCAGACUUUGGGCCCCUCAACCUGGCCAUGCUGUACAGAUACUGCUGGAAACUCAACAAGAAGCUGAAGGUAAUGCAGAUGAAGUCUUUCACAAUGUCUAGAAAGAGACUGGUUCACUACACCAGCUAUGACCAGAAGAAGAGAGCCAAUGCUGCUGUUCUCAUUGGUGCCUAUGCUGUGAUCUAUCUGAAGAGAAGCCCAGAAGAUGCCUACAGGACUCUGAUAGCAGGAAACAACACAGGCUACAUGCCGUUUAGAGACGCAGCGGUCGGAGAGUGCUCAUUUAACCUCACCGUCCUAGACUGCUUACAAGGAAUCCACAAGGCAUUACAACAUGGUUUCCUGGAUUUUGAAAGGUUCAGUGCAGAAGAAUAUGAACAUUAUGAGCGAGUUGAAAAUGGAGAUAUGAACUGGAUCAUUCCGGGAAAAAUUCUGGCGUUCAGUAGCCCUCAUUCUCGUGGUAAGAUAGAAAAUGGUUAUCCCCUUCACACACCCGAGGCAUACUUCUCAUACUUUUGCCAAAAUGACAUAAUGACCGUGGUUCGUCUGAACAGGAAGUUGUAUGAUGGCAGGCGGUUUGAGGAUGCAGGAUUUGAGCACCACGACCUCUUCUUUCUUGAUGGGACCACGCCCUCUGACCUCAUCGUCAGACGCUUUCUGCAUGUGUGUGAAAGUACAGACGGGGCAGUGGCAGUGCACUGUAAAGCUGGAUUAGGCCGCACGGGCACUCUGAUCGGCUGCUACCUGAUGAAGCACUUCCGGUUUACUGCAGCCGAGGCGAUUGCUUGGAUCAGAAUCUGCAGACCUGGAUCUAUCAUCGGUCCACAGCAAAACUUCUUAGAAGAGAAGCAGCACAGUUUGUGGGUUCAGGGUGACGUGCAUCGGUCUAAACAGAAGCUGGUCCAACAGAGACUGAGUCGGCAGCAGCAGCUGCAGCAACAGCAGCUUCACCGCUCUGACUCUGUGCAGGGAGGGAAACAGGAGGCAGUGUCCUCCCUGCUUUCCAGCAUGGAUGACCUGUCAAUCAACACCGUGCUCUGCAAGUCAUAUAGCUUGGAUGAGAAUAACUGCAAAGAAGUCAGUCUGACACAGGGAGACGAACUGAGAGCACUGAAGGGAAAACGCCCACCGAGAUCAGCGUCAUCCUCCUCAAGGUUAAACCUGUCCAAGACUUCACACUGCUCCAUCCUCCCUCCCCCGAAGCCCUCCAAAGUCCACCUUUCCCUCACCCCCGCUUCUACUAAAAAGCUGAGACGAAGUUCCUCUACCACCACUGCUCCACAGAUCAGGAGUCCCUUCAGCCUCACUUUGUUCAGCACCAGGCCAGCACUGAUUCACUGACUUCACACUUGGGAUGUUCUGGUCAUGAAUCAGCCCGGCUGAUGAUGGACUCGCUGGAAACUGGAUCAGCUCUCUUGCACGUUUAAUAGGCUGUAAAUCCUUUUUUAGCCCCAAUAACUACUUUUCAUUUUGACAGACAGAGCCAACAGUUUGUCACCACUUUAAGUGCUGAUUAACUGGCCACGUGGCCCAUUCUGUGAUAAAAGGACUGACACCAUAAAUCAUCACGUCUCUUGGGUAUAGCAGGCAGGUAACUGUAAAAAAACUGCUGCUGCAUAUUGCAUAUAUAACAUCUGCUAGAUGCUGAAUGUCCCGUUGUCACAAUCAUUUUGCUGGAAGCAAAAGACAUGCGCAGGUGCAAAGACCAAACAACGCUAACAGGGGAUAAAAGGUUGUGGCCCGAGGACUGAGUAAGACCAUCGCCAAGAGCAGUUUGGGUGCUUCUGAUAAACGGCUGCUGCCAUUUGUCCAUCCAAAGUUCAGAACCACAGGAUGUAGACGGCCUGAAGCAAUGUCUUGGUUGCAGAAACACAGACCUUUAAAAGUCGUACCAAAAUCCACGCCUUAAACUUUGGCAGAUCACAGGUUUACUGGCUGCACAUGAUGGACCUAGCUUAUUUGGCAAGUUGUUGUAAUGUUGUCUCUUCAUUUUCAGUACUUUAGUAACCUGGUUGGGUUAGAGAACCAUAGCAAACCACAUCUUUUGUAAGAGAUUGGUGCACAUUGUUCAAGAAUUAACAACUGGACACAAAAUUGUCUUGCAAGACCAAGAGUGAUACACUGCUUCUGCUAUAGAUGUUAUUUAUAUUUUCCAAGACUAUUUCAUCCAUAAAGUAUGACAAACUUAUAUUUGUUGGUCUUUUAAUGUUCUAAUAAUGCAGUCACGUGCAAAGCAGAGCGAGGGACACAAAGCCACGACGUGCUUAUAAUGCACUUUGAAAACCUCUGAGCACACAUGCUAGCAAUAACAGACAAAAAGAGUCAUUAGAGGAAAUCAAUUAAAUGAAGACAGAUUCUGAAGUUUCAUACAAACGUAUCAGACUGAACACGGCACACACACUUUAUUUCACAGGUUCUAACAUGAAAGUCGUUCAUAUUCAUGCACUGAAUUUGUCAACAGUACUUUGGCAAAAGACAAAUAUUUUGAAGGAAAUCAUACAUAAAGCAAAUUCACUAUGUUCAGCUUUGCACUAUUUUUUUCUUGCAGUAAAAUUCUUAAUAUGCAAAUGAUGUUCAGCUUUGAGCGUGUUGUUGCUGUCAUACUUUACUGACUGUGUGACGAUGACAGCAGCUCAGAUGUGCUGUCUGAUUGGUAGUUUAUUCCAAAGGAGGAAAACCAGUCAGUGGUGACACAUAGUUUGAGAUGAUGGCAGACGGUAGCGUGAAGUGCUAAAAUCAACAAUAAAGUCCAAGUAAUGACGAGAUAA